AUGAGUCAGCCUAAGAUAAAGCGUCGAGUUGGUAAAUAUGAGGUGGGGAGGACAAUUGGUGAAGGUACAUUUGCAAAGGUAAAAUUUGCAAGGAACUCUGAAACAGGAGAAUCUGUGGCUCUCAAAAUUCUUGACAAGGAGAAGGUGCUCAAGCACAAGAUGGCUGAGCAGAUCCGGAGAGAGGUAGCUACGAUGAAAUUAAUCAAGCAUCCAAAUGUUGUUCAACUGUAUGAGGUCAUGGGAAGCAAGACAAAAAUAUAUAUUGUUUUGGAGUUUGUGACUGGUGGGGAGCUCUUUGACAAAAUUGUAAACCAUGGACGGAUGAGUGAAAAUGAAGCACGUAGAUAUUUCCAACAGCUUAUAAAUGCUGUUGAUUAUUGCCACAGCAGGGGUGUCUACCACAGAGAUCUGAAGCCAGAGAAUUUGCUCUUAGAUACUUAUGGGAACCUUAAAGUUUCCGAUUUUGGAUUGAGUGCCCUCUCCCAGCAAGUUAGGGAUGAUGGGCUUCUCCAUACUACAUGUGGGACUCCAAAUUAUGUUGCUCCAGAGGUCCUUAAUGAUAGAGGCUAUGAUGGAGCAACUGCAGACUUGUGGUCGUGUGGGGUGAUUCUCUUUGUAUUGGUUGCAGGUUACUUGCCUUUUGACGACCCUAAUCUUAUGAACCUGUAUAAGAAAAUCUCAGCUGCUGAAUUUACUUGCCCCCCAUGGCUUUCUUUCAGUGCCAGGAAAUUGAUUACAAGAAUCUUGGAUCCUGAUCCCACAACUCGUAUCACUAUUCCUGAGAUUUUGGAUGAUGAAUGGUUUAAGAAAGAUUAUAAGCCUCCAGUUUUUGAGGAGAAUGGAGAAACCAACCUCGAUGAUGUUGAAGCUGUCUUUAAAGAUUCUGAAGAGCACCAUGUGACAGAGAAGAAAGAAGAGCAGCCAACAGUAAUGAAUGCGUUUGAGUUAAUUUCCAUGUCCAAAGGGCUGAACCUUGAAAACUUGUUUGAUACAGAGCAGGGGUUCAAAAGGGAAACAAGAUUCACAUCUAAAUCACCUGCAGAUGAGAUAAUCAGCAAGAUUGAGGAAGCUGCAAAGCCUCUUGGCUUUGACGUGCAGAAGAAAAAUUUCAAGAUGAGGCUUGCAAAUGUGAAAGCUGGAAGGAAGGGAAACCUUAAUGUUGCCACUGAGAUAUUUCAAGUGGCACCUUCUCUUCACAUGGUUGAGGUACGGAAGGCAAAAGGAGAUACAUUGGAGUUCCACAAGUUCUACAAAAAGCUUUCAACAAGCCUGGAUGAUGUUGUUUGGAAAACAGAAGAUGAUAUGCAAAUGAGAGAAACAAAGUGA